AUGUCCAGUUUGGACGAAGAUAUCCAAUCCGCCAGGCUGGCAUUUACCGACUGCGUAGCGGAUCGACACAAGCUUUCUCGUCAACUUCGGCGACUUCUCUACAGAAGACACCUUGAUUACGAAGAGCCCUCUGAUAUCAAUGAAUGUAUUCAUCUCGCAAGACAAACAUCGUCUGAUGAAGCUGCAAAUGAGUCCGACCGAGCAAAAUGUGUGGAAUCCCUUGCAGUUUAUCUCUACAGUCGUUAUGAAAACGCUGGGGAUGAAUCUGAUCUGGCCGAUUCCAUUAGAUUCAUCAAGCAGGAACUCGACGCAACUCUGGAUGGUCCAGAUAAAGCUGGGAUUUUCCGUCGGCUCGGGGAUCGUCUUCAUGACAGCUAUACCAACUUUGGGCAUUCAGAACACCUGGACGAAGCGGUUCAAAGGGUCCGGAUCGGACGGACCGCUUACACUCUCUGGGGACCUGUCUUGGUGACAGACAUUCAAGAACUCAAGAGAUGGAUGACAUUGAGGAAGCUAUCGACUUGGCCAGACAGACUGUCGAGGCGACCUCUGAUAGCAUUUCCCGAGCUAUCUAUCUACAAAACCUCGGGGCAAAUUUCCUUGACAGGUACUACGCGGCCGGAGACAUGGAAGAUCUUGAGCAAGCAAUUGAAAUUGCAAAGCAAACAAUCGAGGCAGAUCGAGCCAACGAGCAUUUUGAUGGACAGAUACCGUCUAACGGGCGACGCGGCAGACUUUGACGAAGCACUAGAUGCGAGAAGACGUGCAGUCAACCAGACAUCAGACAGCAACCCACAGAAAUCCCUGCUACUCAAUAACCUCGGGACCAUACUCGCGACUCGAUAUUCCAGGUCCGGAGCUUUGGUCUAUCUCGAAGAAGCAAUCCGGAUACAAAGGAGAGCUAUCAGCAUAGCACUACCCGACGAUGGGCGACGACCAGCGCUUCAGAACACUCUGGCCCGUCUGCUAAGCAUGAGAUACGCGAGAGUCGGCACAGCGAGUGACAGCGAAGAGGCGUUCAAAAUCUCCAAGGAAAUAGCGGAAAACACCCCAAGUGGCCACCCGGACCGUUCGAGGUGGUUGGGGAAUCACGCUGCACGACUUGUCGAAAGAUAUUACACUUUUAAAGACGUUGCCGAUCUGGAUGAAACCAUCAAACUGCUGAGGAAGGCUAUCGAGAUAACGCCAAAGGCUCAUAAGUUCCGAACAAAGUGGCUCCAUGAUCUUGCCUGUCAUCUUUGGGACAAGGAGCUGAUCCGUGGACCUGCCGCCGAUUUUGACGAGGCGACAAAGAUCUUUGAGCAUGUCCUCGAGACAGCGCCAGAUAACCAUCCGGAACGAGUUACAUAUCUGUGCAACCUGGGAAAUAUGAUAGUAAAUCGCUAUGAAAGAAAUGAACAACUUUCUGACUUUGAGAGGGCGCUUGGCUGUUUUCGUUCUGCCAUGUGCCAACCAAAUGCGUCUCUCCUUGAUCACUUGACUGCCGGGGCCACCAUGCUGCAGGUUUGCCUCACUCAUGCACACUGGCAGCAUGCAUUCGAGGCUGCAGAGUUUGUCUUCCAACGGAUGCCCAACCUUGCUCUAAGGUCCCUUAACAGUGAGGAUAAACAACAUCUUCUCGGUCUUAUGGCCGAAGUGGCUUCUGACGGUGUGGCGGCGGCAUUGUUCGCUGAGAAGGGAUGCCUUGCUGCAUUGAAUCUGCUUGAGCAAGGCCGAGGCGUGUUGGCCGAGUCGAUUGAAGCUAUGAGAGUUGACAUCAUGCAAUUGCAGGAUCGUUAUCCGGACAUGGCGAAUGAAUUUGUUCGUCUGCGGGAUGAGUUGAUGGGGAGAGAAUUUGAUGAGCUAGUUGAGAAUAUCCGAGCACUGCCAGACUUUUUAAGCUUUCUGGGGCUGCCUAGCGAAUCUGAGAUUCAAGGUGCGGCGGUGGAUGGUCUACUUGUUAUUAUCAAUGUUAGCAAUUUGACUAGGGAGGAGAUUACAAAGAAAGCCAAGAAAACAGACCUCGGCAAUCACCAGAUUCUUGAGUGGCUAUGGGAUACAGUGGCGGAACCGACUCUUGAAGCCCUUGGGCUCAAUCGUACGCCUGCUGGGGAGAAGUGGCCGCGUAUCUGGUGGAUUCCUACCGACAAGGGCUUGGAGAGACUGCCCUCGAUAAGAUCAUCAUCCAUGGCCGUGCUCGUCGCAGUGGAGAACACUCCAGGACAGGAUCGACUACGCUUUGCGACGCAAGAAGUAGCAGAGCUCCGAAAGAUCUGCGGGAAAAUGGAACUGACACCUGUAGAACCCACUCGGGAGAAGGAGAAACUCAAGGAAUGUCUGCAGAAGUGCAAGAUCUUUCAUUUCGCAGGCAAUUGCUCAACAAACUACUAUAACCCUCUCCACAGUCACCUGUUUCUCGACGACGGGGGUGCCAACCCUCUACGUGUUGCGGAUCUUCUGGACAUCAACCUCCAUAUAUCCUCGCCGUUUCUGGCGUACUUGUCUGCCUGUGGAACUGGUCAGAUCCUGGACGAGUCUUUCAUCGAUGAGAGCAUCCACUUGAUCAGCGCUUGCCAACUGGCGGGGCUUAGGAAUGUCAUAGGGACACUGUGGGACGUUGACGACAAGUUUUGUGUCGAGAUGGCGAGUAUCACAUAUGGAGUCAAGGAAAAUAGCAAGAUGAACGACGAGUCGGUGUCUCGCGGGCUGCACAAGGCGAGUCGAGAACUCCGGGAUAGUUCUCUCGGAAAUUUGAUAGAAUUUCGAAAGGCUAGGAGACGGUCGAGAAGUGACAGGACUUCCGACGAGGGAGUAGAUACGAGUUCGGAUGUGAGAGAUGACGGCGGGACUGUGUUGACCAGAAAACCCAAAUUCCUGUAUUCGGAUGACGAAGAGGACUUGGAGGCAGGGCUCCUGAAUUGGGUUCCUUACGUUCAUUUCGGCGUGUAG